AUGAACAAACUCUGGGGAACGUCUCAGAGAGACGAGGAAGAUGGCGGCUCGCCGGCGAGGGACUCGCAGGACGGUGGACGAGAUGCGGCCCCGAACGAGCAUACCCGCCUGUUGCCGAACCGAGUCGAGAGCUCCCACUACCUCAGUCCCGACGACCCAGCAGUGUCGCCAUACAAUCUAUGGAGUGUUCGACUGGUCAGAUACUUGACCAUCUUCUUCACUCUCGCUACCUUCAUCUGGUGGGUGAUCCUGAUCGUGUCGACCUUCAUAACGCCGCCUGGAUUCCACACUCGCGGUUCGGGUUUCUUCCCCUUCAGCUAUACCAGUCUGGCGCUCGCGAACCUGCUAUUUACGCUCGUCUUCUUCGCCAUACCGUCAAAGGCUGUGAGGAUCGCUAGUGUCGUGACCGGAGCACUUUUGGUGGUCGACACCGUGUUGUUGUUCGCCGUGGAGAAAACGAGACAUGAGGAGGGAUGGGUCGGCAUGGCCAGCGUCCUCUGGGCACUUUUGAUGGCCAUAUGGACCCUCGUCACCGAUCGUCUUGUCCAAUGGGGCAAGACCGAAGAGGAGGAGCGACUUACCGGCCGGGCCGAGACACGGCGCAGCCUGGGCGAAUGGGUUGCUGUUCUGGUGUCGACGCUUUCGAUGAUCGUACUCGCCAUCGUCGUGUUUCUCAUCACUUGCACACUGAUUAUACGAGCUCUGGAUGCUGGACUCGCCCCACCUGGCAAGCUGUACUGGGUAGAUGGGGACAAGUACAUGAUGCACGUCUACUGCCGUGGUAACCGCACAGACUCGCACGGCACAAAGCUGCCAACGGUAUUACUCGAGGGAGGUGAGGGUCCUGUUGAGGAUGGUCUGUGGCAAUUCGCAGACAACGCCAUCAAGGGUGGGUCGAUCAGUCGAUACUGUUUUGUCGACCGUCCUGGAUUCGCCUGGAGCGACACGGCACCAUCACCCCUAUCUGCAGGAAUGGCUGUAGAAGCUGUCAGCGAAGCUCUAGCUCGUGCUGGCGAAGACGGACCCUGGGUUGUUAUGAGCGCCGGCAUUGGGUCCAUCUACUCCCGGAUCUUCUCUGCUCGUCAUGGCAGCGAGAUCAAGGGCCUGCUGCUCAUCGACCCGUUACACGAGGACUAUCUUAGCCACGUAGGCUCACCAGGACGAGGUUUUAUGCUCUGGAUCAGGGGAGUUCUUUCACCACUUGGACUCGACCGCAUCCCGGGAGCACUGUUCAAGGGCCGAACCAAGGCGGACCGAGUUUGGGGGCAAUCCGCCUACCAGACUGGGAAGUAUGUCUUCGCGAAGCUACAGGAAAACCUUGUGGCAGACACACUGUCGAAGCGUGAUGUGGCGAGCAGCAGAGCGAUCCAGUAUCCUGGUGUACCGCUCGGCCUGAUCAGUUCUGGCGACAAGAUUCGGGAGGACAGUGAGUGGGAGGACAGGCAGAGAGACUUGACCCAUAUUACGCACAAGCUGCAGCACUGGGACAUUGUCAAUGAGGCACCUCAUCAAGUCUGGGAUACGCAAGAGGGACGGGAUAUCAUGGAGAAGAGACUCCGACAGCUGGUUCAUCAUGCUUGA